UCUAACUGGGAUUUUUCCUAAGGAAUUCAAUCUGUUACACCAAAAUUUCAAAAAAGAAAAAUAUUUUGGCUUUAACGGCCAUGUCUCUGAUUCUGUACACGCCAAGAAGCAAUUGUUUAGUUGGUGAUGGGCGUUUAGUAAAUAUUGUUAUAGUACUAGUCGCGAGCUUCCAUUCAUUAUUCCAGCUUCCCAUUGCUAAUUCAUUGAAUUUCAAUAUAGCCCAUUUUGAGCCAGAGGCAACCAACAUAGCGUAUGAAGGCGAUGCCGAACCUUCUUCUGGAGCGAUUCGACUAAACCGCAUGGAUUACUUCAUGGUUGGGAGGGCCACAUACUCGAAGCCAUUGCACCUUUGGGAUUCAGCUUCAGGGACCCUGACCGACUUCACUACUCGUUUCUCUUUCACCAUUGACAUCAGUAGUAAUGCCACCGCUGAUGGAUUUGCGUUCUUCCUUGCACCUAUGGGCUACACAAUUCCUCCAAACUCGGGUGGCAAAUAUUUAGCACUUUUCAACCACACCACUGGGUUGGCCACCUCUUCAAACCAAAUUGUCAUGGUUGAGUUUGAUACUCUUCCAAAUGUCCAAGACUGGGAUCCGCCACAGCAGCAUGUUGGGAUUAAUAUCAACUCCAUCUCUUCGGUUAAAUAUACCAAAUGGGAUUCUAACUCCCAUAGUGGACAGAUGGCCGAUGUUGUUAUAUCUUACAGUGCCACCACUAGGAACCUCAGUGUCUCCUGGGAAUACAGAGCAGAAAAACAGCCUGUUCCUUCCUCCGUUUCUCACAUCAUUGAUCUAAUGGAAGUACUUCCCGAGUGGGUUACCAUUGGAUUCUCUGCUGCAACAGGCCUGGAUUACGAGAGGCACACCAUCAGUUCCUGGGAAUUCACUUCAAGUUUGGAUGCGAAGAAAUUAGGGAGAAAGAAAGGAGUCAUGAGGCCACAUGUUAUUGCACUCAUUGUUGUUGGAGCUUUCUUCUUCAUGUUGUUGUUUGGAAUAUGUAUCGGUCGGUCCGUGAUUUGGAAGAUGAUGAGCAAGAGAAGAUGGUUUGCUGAUAAACCCAUCUCAGUUGACUGGGAUCUCGAAAGAGGAGCGCUUCCCAAAAGAUUUUCCCACCAAGAACUGGUAGCGGCCACAGAUGGCUUUGCGGACAGUAAAAAGCUCGGCCAAGGAGGAUCUGGACAAGUUUACAAAGGAACAUUGAAUGAUCUUGGCCGCCUUGUUGCCGUCAAGAGAAUAUCUACCGGAUCUGAUAAUUCUGAAAGAAUCUUUAUCAAUGAAGUGAAGAUAAUAAGCCGUCUGAUACAUAAAAACCUGGUGCAAUUCAUCGGCUGGUGUCACGAGAAAGAUGAAUUCUUACUGGUUUAUGACUACAUGCAUAAUGGCAGCCUUGACACUCAUCUCUUCGGCAACAAAAUAACUCUGCCAUGGAAUGCCAGAUAUAAAAUAGCUUUAGGAUUGGCCUCAGCAACUCACUACCUUCAUGAAGAUGCAGAGCAAUGUGUUCUUCAUAGAGACAUCAAAUCAGCCAAUGUCCUAUUAGACACAGAUUUCAGCACCAAGCUUGGUGAUUUUGGUGUUGCUAAGCUGGUGGAUCCCAGAUUGAGGACUCAGUUGACAGGGGUGGUAGGGACUUACGGCUACCUAGCGCCGGAAUAUGUCAACGGAGGGAAGGCUAGUAAAGAAUCAGACAUGUAUAGUUUUGGCGUUGUGGCUUUGGAAAUUGCAUGUGGGAGGAGGACUUACCAGAAUGGUGAAUAUCAUGUACCGCUGAUGAGAUGGGUUUGGGAGCUCUACCUCGCUGGAAAUAUAAUGGAUGCAGCUGAUGAAAGAUUGAACAUGGAUUUUGAUUCUAAUGAGAUGCAAAGGCUGAUGAUGGUGGGAUUAUGGUGCUCUCAUCCUAGUUACAGGGAAAGGCCAAAAGCAGGACAAGUGAUUAAAGUUCUUGAGCUUGACAUGCCUUUGCCUGAGCUUCCAUGCGAUAUGCAUGACUCACUUCCUCCUCUACCCCAACAAAAAGCAAAUUCCAUUCAAUCUCCAAUCACUUCUACUAUCUACUGUGAUGGUCGUUAAAAAUAUUAAGCAAAUUAAUCCAUUUGGUGUUUUGUACUUUUAGCACUCAAGAGUCUGAAUUUGCAGCCUGUUUUUUUUAAUUUGCACGACUCAGCCAAAAAAAAA